CGAGCGCGGCUCCAGCCCUGAAAUUGCCCGCGGGGGGAGCCAGGCGCUGCCGGGGUUUGCCGGGGGGGGCCCCAGCGAGGCGGGGGCAGGAGGAGCCGCGCUUGCGGGCAAGGGGUGGGGCUGGUUUUCCCCUCGCCCCCCGGCAUCCCAGCGGCCCGGCCUGGGGAGGACGCGGACGGGGAGCCCCGAAGGAGCGGGGAGAGCCCGGCCUCGGCCGCUGCCAUGCUCCGCUGCCGCGUCCCGGGGCGCUAGGAAGCGGCGCUGCUCGGGGAGGAGGGCUCGCCUGGCAAUACUGACCAGUGCACAUCUUGAUAAGGUCUCCGAGCAACCUCUUCUGCAGGGCUGAAUGACAGCGGGAGGGUAAUUGAUGAGCUUGCCCUGGGAGUCUCUAAAUACGUGAAAUCAAAGCACAAGAUGGGUCAGAAGGUCACUGGCGGGAUAAAGACUGUGGAUAUGAGAGACCCUGCAUACAGGCCACUCAAGCAGGAGCUCCAGGGGCUGGAUUACUGCAAGCCCACGCGCCUGGACUUGCUAUUGGAUAUGCCUCCGGUCUCCUACGAGGUCCAGCUGCUGCACUCGUGGAACAAUGAUGACCGCUCGCUGAAUGUCUUUGUGAAAGAGGACGACAAACUAAUAUUUCACCGGCAUCCGGUGGCUCAGAGCACAGAUGCCAUCCGAGGCAAAGUUGGAUAUACGAGGGGACUGCAUGUGUGGCAGAUCACGUGGGCCAUGAGGCAGCGGGGCACGCAUGCCGUGGUAGGGGUGGCUACGGCGGACGCGCCCUUGCAUUCGGUAGGGUACACGACCCUGAUAGGAAAUAACCAUGAAUCCUGGGGCUGGGACCUUGGGCGGAACAGACUGUACCACGACGGCAAGAACCAGCCGAGUAAAACCUACCCUGCCUUCUUAGAACCGGAUGAGACUUUCAUUGUGCCGGACUCUUUUCUGGUGGUCCUGGACAUGGAUGACGGGACCCUGAGCUUCAUCGUAGACGGGCAGUACAUGGGCGUUGCUUUUCGGGGACUUAAAGGGAAAAAACUGUAUCCAGUUGUAAGCGCGGUGUGGGGGCACUGCGAAAUACGGAUGCGCUACUUGAACGGGCUUGAUCCCGAACCACUGCCUCUGAUGGAUCUGUGCCGGCGUUCUGUGCGGCUGGCUCUGGGCAAGGAUCGACUGAGCGAGAUCCAAGCGCUGCCACUGCCGGCCUCCCUCAAGAGCUACCUUCUCUACCAAUGACCUACAGGUUGAAGGACGCUGUGAGAACUGAAACAGAGGCAAAUGAUUCGGCGCUGACCCAUUGGACGUGGUCCUGCCAGCCUCCCCCCAUCAUCACUAGUGUUGGACAUCCUCAGCCCAAGUACCUUCCUCCAAUGCCAAAACCAAAUAUGCCCUUAAAAUGGCCGUUUUCAAGUAUCCUUGUUUCACAACUAAGAUGACCUUUGCUGAGGAAGUUCACAUCACAUCCCCGCAUGCUUCCAAAAAAACCCCCAAAACACAACCUUCCAGAAUAUCUCUGCACAUCCCUUGCUGCUUUCCUCCCAGCUCCUGCCAAACAGCUGUAGAGCAUCCUUUGAACACCUGCAGUUGAGGAGCAAAUUCUGCCUCUUAUGCCGGCUGAAGGAGGGUACAUGAGGCUUGGAAGGGAAGCCUUGAGAAUGGCAACACGUCGAAUGGCAGGUGCUACAUGUGGAAUGGCACAAGAUGGGGGGGAGGGGCCUUCUGACAAGCAAGGACAUAAAAGACUUCAAUGGGAAGUGAAGACACCAAAAAAACUCCACAUGGACACUUUUUUUUUUUUUAACUUGGAUAAGGUGGUUUAUGUAGCUGAUGUCAAUGUUGCGAUAGUCUCACCCUGUCUUAACUGUUACUUUAUGUAGAUUGACUCUUGUUUCUUUCACCCAUCGCUCUCCAUCCCUCACUCCAUUUUCCCUGCAUCUUGUCUGGCUUCCUUUUCACUGGCUGUGAUGCUAGCAGCAGAUAAGGCCUGCGGUGGAUGGGGAAACCAAUCCAUUAAGCAGCCCCUCUGAUGUCUGCAUCUCCCCCCUCUUUCUUUGUGUUCACUUUAACCUGCAGCUUUUAGAUCAGGUGCCCGUUGGUGGUGAGUUUCCCCCUGCCAUGACUCCUUGGCAUGCAAUAUCCUCCAUGGAGAGCCAGCCACUCCAGAUUGAUUUGUCGAUUUGCAGAUCUUUUACAACUACAGACCUCUCCUUUCCCAUGUCUGCGUCAUACAUAUUCUAGUCCAUGUUAGCGCCCCUGAAAUGGAUCUGCCGGGGAGUCUUCUGCUUUGAGAAGCUGCUUAGAGUAUUUCAAAUCAGAGCUUUUCAGUCUGCCAUUGUCCAUCAAGAUAACCUCCUCCUUGCUCUCUGGCAGGAAUGACCCUCUCUCUCAUCCCUGCUAAUGGCCAGAGGGACGACUCAGGAGGAAGGGUGUGAACAGUGUGUUCUGCCUUGCAGUAUGUCAGCAGGCCAGACGUCUAGAGGGUGAUGUGAUGGAAAGUAGUUUGAUGGGAGGCUCUUUCGAUGCUGUGCAUGCACAGCAAAGGGAACUAGCCUGAAUCACAGUCAAGAAAAGAGGGAGAGAAGAACCAUUGAGAUUUUAUUUAAAAGACGAGAGAAAUCCUCGCACAUCCCAAAUAAAGAUUCUCACCUCAGUAGCCAAAAAGAGAGGACCCUGUCCCCCACCGUCAACAGGAGCUGCUCCCUCCUGGCCUCUCCAAAUAGCAGGCUAUUAAGCUGCCUUCUCUGGGGUUAUUUUGCACAUUUCUUUUUUGUCUUGAAAAACUGUUUGUGUGGGGGGUUUUUUUUUUGCUUCUGUUUUGUACAGGUACAAAUGAGUUUAUUUGUUGAAAAUGUUUAAUAUAUAUUUGUGGUGUUGUAUAAUCCUGUUUUAAACAGCUGCUGUAUGGUACCUUUUUAAAAAAAAAAAAAAUCUACUGGCAUAGUAUAUUUUUUAAAGCACAGAAUUGGUGCCAAGACUGGGUGGGGUUCAAAGUGCCCUUUUCUUUCUUUUUUUUUUAAUGUAACCUGGAUGAUUAUUUUUAUGUAGGGAUUUGUACAAGCUUCUGUUACAGGGUGGGGGACCAUACCAAGUUGCACAAGAUAAUUCAGCAUGUACAGAGCCUAGCUUGAUGGCCUUCAACUCGACCAGCAUCUUCCACCCCUCCUGGGAAGUGGCCACCUUCUGCCCUGUUGUUUGUGUGCUUUUAGCGCCCGCCCCCCCCCUUUGUCUCCACUGUCUCUCUGCUGUCUCCAGUGCAUUGCUUUGUACAGUUUUAAACUCUUUGCUUUCUCUUUUCCAGCUGUAAAUAAUAUUCAGUAAUCCAAUACAGAAAUAAAGUUUAUUAAAUAUAUA